AGUCUAUGUUUCACAUCAAGCUAUGCAAAAAGGUGUAGUACAAUCCCUAAAUCUCUCGAAAGCGAAAAGGACUGUUCCUCACUCGGCCUGAAGGCUGAAAAUAUUCAAGGCAGAGAAAACGUUGUUUUAUUUUGGACACAAUUUGUUUCGGAUAUUUUCUACUACACGUGUACAGAGACUGCUUUAAGCCAAAUUUGUACGCGGGCAGCUGUCUGAGCGAAGCGUGCGUUUGAAUUUGGUUUCCUUGUUUUUUGUAAUCUAAAUUUUGUCUUAAUGCCUCCUCUUCUUUUGGGACCAAGACCGACUCAGUCGAAAGUUGGAUGUGUGAAUCGAUCCUCAGAUAUGAGCAGUGGAAAAUGGAAGAGUGUCUCGUCAACUGAACUUGCUCAAAGCAUUGAUAAUGGUGGAGCGGGUAAUUCGGCAGAAAUUCUUAUUGUUGACUGUAGAUCGCUAGUAGCUUUUAACGGACUACACAUAAGAGGAGCUAUCCAUGUGAAUUGCACUGGAAUAGGGCGUAAGCGACUUUCACAAGGCAAGGCUAAACUAAAAGACUUGAUUUCUUCAGCUGAGGGCAAAGAGAAGUUUAUCCGUGGUGGAGUGGGAACAACCUUUGUUAUCUACGAUGAGUUGUCAAGUGAUCCCGAAGAUUGCAAUCCGUGUCGUCCGAUUUGCUUAGUUUUACAAAAUCUUUUAAAAGAAGGGAGAAAUAUUUCGGUGCUAAAAGGUAAGUCCUGCUCAUGACACUUUCUGUUGUUUUUAUAUUUUCUUAGUGUGAUUUGUGUUUAACCGUAGUGCUUAAGAGUUUUAGUUCUCCGCGCUUUUAUGUCAAUGGCAGUCAACAGAAAUAGGCUCGCGCUGGGACGAUUUUUCAACCCUGACGCAGUUUCCGAUUUUGUCUGGAGUCACUGUUUUGGUUUCAAGAGACGCGACCUUCGUUAUUUUUAUGAUAUUGGUAGCGAGCUAUGUCAUCUCCGCUGUUGAAAUUUGUGUGCAUGCGAUCAUUCAACCGCGGUAGAUGAGUGGUCACGGCAAGAACUCUUGUGACGCAGAUUUGGGCUUCUGUGAGUGGUCAAAUACCGAAACAGCUUUUCUCUUCAGCGCUCGUAUUCUGUGGCCUUUCUUUGUUUAUCUGAACAGGAAAUAGGGCCACUGACGUUGGCAUUUUCUCGGCAUGAACUCUCGGGGAGACACGAAGCAAUUUCUUUGUUUAAAAAGAAAACGAAAACUUUUUUAUUUUGGAUCAAAAUACCAGAUGAUAGGGGAACGCAAGAGCUUAAAUAUUCCGAAUGGAAAGUUGCUUAGUACGGCAAUAUUGUUCAGUGCGGUUUUCCUUUGAUUCAUUAAGAGAAAUAUAUCUCAGCAUAUCCUGUUUGAUCUUAUUUAUGGCGAUCGGCGAAAUCUAAUCCAAGAUCAAGAAAACAUAGGGAAAACACCUCAGUUCGUCUGAAAGAUGCUUUUGUUUUGUCAUGCAACGCUACUUACGAAAGAACUCUGAUUGCAAUCUAAUCCCGAAUUCGUGGUAUGCCUAGCGUGGUUUAAAGCUAGGUGCUGAUGACCUAGCGUAAAAGCUAUGAAAAGAAUUAGCAUGGGCAUUAAAGAUUAUGCUGCAGUGAGUUUUGACAAUUUUCACCUUCAUUGAGUCACUGGAAUACGUAUUAUGGCAUUUAAAACUUCUCAAAUAUUUUAAUUGCUGCAGUUUUAAAAAUCUUGUAUGGACAUGAAAUCAAGCUUUUUUGAAGUUAGUAAAUGCAUAGCAUUCUUAAUAUACUCCGAAAGAGUAAUGGAUUAUGAAAAAAUUAAUUUCGUUUUACUUCUUGUCAGUUUGUAUUUUAGGCAACUGUACUCAACUACUUUUAUUUCUGAUGAUCUGUGUUUUGUUUUCUCACAAAGAAUUCAAGUGUUUGCAAAUUAACUUUGACUACUUCAUAAAUAGAAAUGAUCAAAUGAAGGGUUGGUAAAUAUGUUGAAAUGUCCAUAGUUGGCAUUUACAUUAUGGACCUAAUACUGAUAUUGUGUUCCUAAUUAGUUGCGCAAUAUUCAGUAAAAAACUAUUUAUUGACUAGUGUUUCUUAUUAUAUAAGAUAUUUUCUGUUUUGGUCAAGAGAGGUUCCUAACAGAAAGAGACCUUUGUAAAAUAGCUCAUUUCUGCCUUGUCAUGUUUAUUGAUCCAAAUUUAUUAGUUUCUUUCUAUUUCCUGUCUUCAAAUUUCCUUGUUCCUUACAGUUUUUAUGCUGAAUCAUGCUUAGUUCAGCAAGUUCAUGUUAUGUAAUCAAUUUUAUAUUUUCAAGAUACAAUUCUUGUUACUGUGAUUCAUGAACUUUUUUGAUAGAAUUUGGAAGAAUUUAUAUCUUAAGAAAAAUUUAAAACUGAGCUUUAUGCUUCAUUAAGAGUCAAUAUUGCGUUAGGAAAUUUUCUGAUGAUUAAUUACUCAGAAAGCUCUUGUAUUGUAAAUGCGGUACGGCAUAUUAAGUCCUUCUUUUUUUCUCUUUAAUGUUUACCCUCUAAGCUGCUGAUUUGACUUUUCUGCCAUUAUAUCACAAUUGGAAGGAAAUGAUUACUUAGUGUGAUCAGUUAAUUGUUUCAUACACAAAAUUUAACAGAUUUCAGUUUCAUUAUAGCACAGGUCUAAGUCAAGCAUGAAUUAAAUUAGAAAGAUGAUAUUUUGACAUUUUCCUCUCUUUUAGACUUCUAAAUCUCUCAUUUUGAUUUAUACAAAUGCUUUUCUUUAAAUUUAAAUUUAUUCCCAGAGAUGUUAAGGUUGAUCUCACAGAAAAAUCAUUAGGUGUCUGAAAGCUCUUGUCUCAAAAUUCUGAGUUACCAAGUUUUAUAAGUUGCUUCAUGACAACAGUUAGUGACCUCUGGUAUUUAUGCUCUUCUUUUAAACUCUGUUGUGAAACUGAGAAGGCAUCUAGCUCUCGAUGUACUAAACUUCCUUUUUUCCAGUGAGAUUGUUGACCAGACUGAUAAUAUCUUGAGCUUAAAAAGUUUCAAGGUCUUCUGUUUUCUACGCUUUGCGAGGAUUCAUCCAAAAAUAUUUACAUCUGUGGUAGUACCAUGGUCAUUGAACUGGAAACAAUAUUGAAUUUAAGUGACUUAAGAGGUCACUAAACCUAUGUAGAAAAAAAAAGGUAAUACCUGUUGUUAGAUUCAGAAAUUUUUGAGUAACCAAUUUUUUAGCUUUGUUUAUAUAAUUUGAAGUCUAAAUUUCUUUUUCAAAAAUGUGCCAAAAUGUUUCAAAGUCAAAACUACUUUUGUCUUAGAUUGAGGUUUCAUUUAUUAUUAACUGAUGUUCCUCAACGGAUUACGGUUGACUCUUGUAAUUGGUUGAAGGGUCACUUAAUUUCCUUCAUUGUCUCCUCUUAUUUCAACUGACCCAUAAAAUUUGCAGGUUCUGUGGUAAUGAAGUUAGUGUGUUGUUGAGUCACACUUGUUAUGAACUGCUUUCUAAUCAGGCAAAUUUAGAGUCAUAAAGAGUUUUACAGAAGUAAAACAAGCAUUGGGCAAAGUGUAUUGGGACUCUUGAGGAGUUUCCUAUUUGGAAUUUGUGUCAGGGUUUGCAUAGACCUUGAUAUGAUGCAAGGGGGUGAUAAUUCUCUUAUCAUGCCCCCAUAUUGUCCUGGUCGAUGCGGACCACUGAAGGGCAGUUUAUCACAUCAGCACUGACUUCACCUUUUUGAUAUUUCACCAUCAAUAAAGUGGACUUAUGUGGUUCAUUUGUGUCAGUAGUCUAAGUUUGCUGGGUUCAUUAAGUCAACUGAAAGCCCAGAAUUUGAGCAAGGAGCCAUUGGUGUUUGAGAUGCCUUGUAGGAUUCUUUCCUUAGCACCCUUGAAUUUACCACUAAAGAAAUCUUUUGGUGAGUUUUUGUACCAAAAAGAGUACCUUUGUUGCAUAAUUCAAAUCGAUCGAGCCAAAAGUGACCAAAUAUUUUUUUACUCCAAUGUAAAGUUUUUCAUGUAUAACCUGAUUACUAGUUAUUUUAUAAAUAAGGUUUAUGAUAUAUUGUAUAAUUGAAACUUGUGUCAAAUCUGUCUUUAGGAAUAAGUAACUGUUUUUACUUUUCAGUGCAAGAAGUUUUUGACAUUUUCUAUUCCAAAUGAAAUUUUCUUAAGGAGCUACCAAUCUCUACAGGUUUUGUGCUAAGAAACCGCUAAUACUUGGGAAAAUUGUUAGAAAAGUAAUUACUUGUUUUCAAAGGAAAUUCACUUUCCAAGAGAUAAUUUAAUUAAAAGCAAUUGUUUGAAAAAAAAAAAGUUUUAAUUGUCAACAGCCGUGCAUUGGUCGUGUAAAUUUGUGUGGUAACUUCAAUUGGAGUCAUGUUAUAAAAAUUUUCUAGAAUUAAUGUUUUGUGACCUAUAUUUGACUAUCCUUUCUGGACUUUCGGUUUGUUCAUGUUGCUGAAACAGACAGUAAAUGAAAGGUCAGCCGGCCUGUACAUGGUUUGUCGAGAGGGUCGGUUUAAGGAUCAAAGAUUGACGCGCUCUCCAACUGAGGGUCAUACGCAGUUUGUUUUCAAAAAGAAUGCUCGGGUUUUUGUAACCAAGUAAAAGUGCCAAGCUUUCUAACGUCUGAGACCUUAAGACGGCGGGGUCGAGACAGAAAUGCAAGAGGUAAUUUUUUAGCAAGAAGUUUACCGAGUAGAAAACUACUUCUAGGGUAAAUUUAAUGUUAUGAUAAAAUUGUUUUGAUUGUAAUUGUUGAAAAUUACCGGGUACUUGUGUUUAUUUUUUUUUGUUUAAAAAACGCGAUAUUUUUUAUAAAACUAUUUAAUUCGUCAGGUUAUGAUUUACUUGUUUUGUUUGUAAAUGAUAGCUAUCACAAUUUUUCUAGUUAUUGGAGUUGAUGUGAUGAGGAUCUUGGUGUUUCGUCCCCUGCUAUAUUCAGUACAUGCGUUCAGUAUUUCAGGAAGUUUUCUUGAUCGCAAAACAAGUGAUUUCGUAGCUAAGAUGCUUCCGAUAGGAUUUAAGAGUUGUGUCGAUUUUCUUUUAACAUAUAUUAUGUAAUAUUAUUUUUUUGUUAAUCUUUGCCAUGUUUUGCUGUUUUGCUGUUUUGCGGCAGCUACUAUGUGACAAUAGAAACGGUUAUUUUUUAUGUUUCCUGUUUUUUUGUCCGCAAGUUUUCGCCGUAGGGUCGCGAGGUGAAUUUGAUUGAAUAUUUGCUAAGUUUUGCCGGUGUCGUCAAAAUUUGGUAUCUUUUGCUUUGAGUUUGCUGUUAAGGGAAUGAAAAUGCUUUUCAGAGGAAAUUCUGCCUGGUCCACAGAACCAGCAUGGUUUCAAGACGUCAAAUCAAGACGUUAGGCGAACAUUUGGAUGGCUUUGCUCUCGUCGCUUGCCAGUCACUGUCAAUAACCACUCGUCUUUACUAGAGUUUUUCUGUAAUUCUUCCCCUUUUUGUUAUUUUCUCUUUGGUCAUCCAUCGCUAGAAUGUUUUACAAACACGAAUGGUUCAACUUGAAGCGGGCUUCCGUCUUGUCGUUUGUGCAGUGAUAAUUGAAAAAGCUAACCACAGGUGUUUAUGGCAAUGGACCACCAGUGCGUAACCCUGGAAAAUAAUAAACCAAGCAACAAAGUCUGUAAUUGUUAAGUCAUAAUUAAGUAAUACCUGCACUUUUCGUCUUCUCAAUGACCUAAUGGCGCUUUUCUUCCUUACGUAUGUUUGGUUUUUGUAAUUUUAUCCGUCUUUGGACGAAUCCGGCUAGCAUCAGAGCUGCAUUGAAAGCAAAGAAGCGAAAUAUGACCGCGCGCUGUUGUGAAACACGAAGCCUUUUGCAACGACGCCGCUCGCACCUAACGGGUAAACACAAAGCUUGUCUUUAUAACACUGCAUUCGUUUUUGAAAUUACGGGUGGCGUGAUCAAAGUCAAUAGCUUCGAGCCGUGGUUCCAUUUCGGCAGCGACCACUUGACUGCAAGAUUUCCACAACACAAUCGCUUUUUGUGGGGAAAAACUUCGCAAAGCAGGCAGAUAUGGCUCGUUUUGGUGUGCUAUACAGCUUCGCUCGCGCUAACUAUUCAACUUGGCAAACUGCUUUCCGACUUGACAGUUCCACUUCCGUCUUGAUCAACGGAAUGCGAAAGCCUUAAAUCGCAGGACGUAUUUCGUGAAAUUUUUCUGCGUGGGUUAAAUUUUGCGUUGGAUUUUUAUUGCGUUCUAUUCUCUACUGCUGUCUUUGAAUGGUCACAUUUGGAAGACUAGCCGGGGACUGAACAAACUCUCUUCCGGUUCACCCUUGCGUCAAAUUUGUCAAAUCGACAUCCGGUCACAUUUGUUUGGUACCCGCUGAUUGGGAAGUUUCAGGACAGGGUCAUGUUCUGCUCUGCUUUAUGACAGUGGCGUGCUUUUCAUACCAAAAAAAAGGACACCUUUAUAUGUUCCAGAAGUAUUUCCAAUCCAUUUGUUUUUUUUUUUGUAAAGAUCGUUCUGAUGGACACAUUUUCAAGAUGCACGGAUUACUCACUAUUAUGGCAAUUUAGUCAUGAGAAUGUUGAUGCUACAUUUGACAACACUGACCAUGUUUUUUAACGUUUUUUAAUGAAGUAAUUGUUAGGUAUCGUCGAUUAUGUUCGACCUUUGACUUUUACUCAAAAAUCUUUGUGGAGUCGUGGCAGUUAAUUCCUCUGAUGGUGACCUUUUUCCUUUCCUUUUUCUUCAGGUGGGCUUAAAGAAUUCUGCAGAGAUUAUCAAAACUUGUGCGAAAACGCUCCUGUCAACCAUUGUGACGUCGCCGACUUCCCGCCUUCGCCGACGACAUGCGGUUCGUGCCCAGGUCGCCCCCAAGGAACUCCUGUGACGGCCAUCUUACCUUACCUGUAUCUUGGCAACGAAGAAGGCGCGGCUGAUGAAACCCUAAUUGAUAGGUUGUCAAUUAAGUACAUCCUUAAUUUGACUCCUCGAUGUCCUAAUUUUUUCAGUCACAGAUCGGAUCUUAAUUAUAGGCAGAUUAAAGUAAACGACUCGAACCAGGAGGAUAUAGCACAGCAUUUCGACGAAGCUAUUCAGUUUAUUGGUAAGUUGCUCGGAAAAAAGUUCUUCUGAAAGCCUCCAGGUGGGAGCGCAAGUAACACGCAUACGGGAGAUCCCAUGUGGCGCGCGUAAGUGAGAGGGAGGUCAUUCGCGCUGAUCUCUCGCUUUUGCGUGCUGGUCGUAGUCAAUCACGCCCGGUCAAGGUCUUUGACGAGUGUGAAGUCCUGGAAACGACCACUGUUGAGUUAGAUAGUUCUGUGCCUUGACCAACUGAAGACACAAUUGCAAGUUCUCAAUUUUCCGGCCAUUGCACCAGAGAAAUGCCUCUCGUGCGCUGAAAGUGGGCAAGUUUUCAGAUAGCAGAAGUGUUCAAACCUUUGGUAUCAUUAGCCGGAAGAGCUCUUUAAAAAGAAGGCUGUUUGUUUCAUCUUCAUUAGCUGGUGUUGGUAGUGCGACAAUGACACAUCAAGGUAUAUGUCACGAUAAGUCGAACUUUCGCCUGAAGACAAAAUGUCACCAAAAGCCAAAAUUUACCGUAAGUCAGAAUUUCACUUGGAGUCAGGAUAUCAUGAUGGGUAAACGAAGUCACGCCGAAUUCACAUGUUACGAUAAGUCAAAAAGUCAAAAAUGUCACAACGUUAAAAUGUGACUAUGCCGCACCAAGUGAAAGGGGCACAAUGAGGCAAAACAUCCCUAAAAGUCCAACUGCCUGCCAAGUCAAGUAUGACAUCAGCCAAUCUAACUUCUUUUCAUUUUUUGUUUCCUUCACAGACGAAGCCCGAGAACGCGGCAGCGGUGUUCUUGUGCACUGUCAUGCCGGUGUGUCACGCUCAGCCACCGUGACAGUGGCUUACAUCAUGAAGCAGCAAGGUCUGUGCUUGGGAGACGCAUAUAAAUUUGUCAAAGAGCUUAGGCCGGUGAUCUCACCAAACCUCAACUUCAUGGGGCAGCUGCUGAAGUAUGAGAAGAAAAAGAGAAACGGCGAGAGUUCUCAAGGAAAAUGUUAGUUUGAAGGGAAGGGGUUAGUAUGGGGGUAUGCCGAGAAAAGGUAUGGAACCAACACACUUGACUCGUCUGUGUUGUCUUCCAGGCCUCCUGGGUAUUUGGUAUCCGUGAGGAAGAUGAGAACUAGGGAGAACUCGUAGAAUCCUCAUCUCCUGUGUAUGAAUUUGUAUAUAGGAUAUAAAUAGUAAUAUCAAUAACAGUGAUAGUAACUAAAAAUGACUAUGUCGAUCGUAAGGGAACAGUAAUUAUCAAUAUCAUUGGAUUAGAAACGUGAAAAAAGUGAAAUUCCCUAUUCUUUUUAUUUCGAUGUAUGUGUGUUAGGUUUGUAGGAUGUCUUUAUUUGUCUCAUUUUUAAAUUCAUCUCAAGUAGAACUUAUAAAAAAUCGCGAUGAGAAUUCCCUUCUGGAUAUUUUUGAAAGACAUCGGAAGUCAUCGUGGACUUUCCGUUAAAACGAGUUCUCGACGUUAUCAUGUAUAAGUGAAGUACAGCACUGUAGAUCAAAAACCUUGUGCCAUUUCAGUGGUGAAGAGUUUCAACAUCGCUUAAUAGUUUUAGCAAGCUUUUUCAUAACCAUUUGCCGUAAUUUUCACGUUUCUUUCCCAGAUAAAUCGUGUUUCGACUCCAUUUAUAGUAAUACUGAGUACUGUGUACUUGAGAACCUGUAUACAUUAAUUUUAUGGAUCUGGAAAAAAAAUUGCCACGUAUAAAUUAUAGAUAGGUUUAAAUGAAUUUAUGACAGCGGGAGGAGACAUCGUACCAAAACAUAUUUUGGAGAAGUUGUCAGGAUCAGGGAAUAUUUUAAAUGUUAUUUGGAGGGUGAAGAUGACUCGAGCGCUGCUUGAUCCUGGUGCUGUACACUCAUAGAAGGAGUCUGUGAGAUGACGUUACAGCGUGACAAGGUAAGGUGAGGUUAGGACGACUUCUUAACCCUUUAACUCCCAGAUCAAAUUGUAAUUCUCCUUACUGUCAACCAUACAAUUCUUAUACUGUUAGUUCAGAGAAUUUAGUAUUGUAUCAACUAAUUAUUCCCAAAUUGAUAUCUGUCUUUAUUCUCAUCACUUAUCUGGUUGAUGUUGUAUUGAUAUUGUAAGGAGAAAUUCUGUUUUGGUCACUCGUGGGAGUUAAAGGGUUGACUACUUGAAACGGAAGGUGGUGGGGUUAUGUGUUAAACAGUGGAAGUGGUAUAUUAUCGGUUAACACUACAGAAAGUAGUUACUUAAAUUAUAUUCACGCUGCUAAAGCUUGAAGUCUUUGAAAGCAAUUAUUUAUAAAGACAUGAUUUCUUUGUGGUAGGUAAAUUUGACCUUCUCGUUAAACGGGCAGACACGUGCAUCAGUGUGUGUGUGUGUGUGUGAGUGUUUGAGUGACGGACAAUAACUUGUAUUUAUAUCAAUUGAGAGAUGCUUUUUUGUAAAUGUUUGAAAUCUUGGUAAAGGCGUUGCGUUACGGAGAGUGCGCCACAGAGUGACACUCUUUUCCAUCGCGUAAGCUCUUGUUGAAAUUUUUCUCCCGUUGCUUUGACCAUCAAACAUUCGCUGUUUUAGUGAGGGCAACUCGAUUCCAGUUUUAGGUUGUUCAAAAUUAGAUCUACAGCUCUUCCCUCAGGUUAGUGAUUUCUGAACUCCUGAACAACUGGACUAAGAAGCUUGCGAUUUCAUAUUUGCAAAGUAACUGUUCAUUUUCAAUAUUACUGUGUAGAAAGAAUGUUACCUUUCAUUUUAAUAGUUUUCUUUAAUAGAAACCCGAACACCGACGAACAUCCAAGGAACAUCCCAACCAAGAGUUGGAAUUUCCGGAGAUGAUCGUCAAGACUCAUACUUCUUCGUAAGUUACUCGUGUCUGUUCAAACAUUAUUUUAGUUCUAGCUUGUAGACGCAGACGAAAAUAAGUUGGUGAAUAAAUUUAGACGCAUGCUCAGACGAAACCAUAGUCUUGAAAAUGUCAGGUUGAUAUUUUGUAAUAAAUCAGUUAAUUUAUAGUAGGUCAUUUACAGCUAUAAAAGACGUUGAUUUUUGCAAUAAAAUGUAUCGAAUUUC